AUGCCGGGUUUGAUUGAGACACGGGAUCAAGAGGAGCAGCAUUUGCUUACAGAGUGCUAUGAAGGGCCCUCGGCGCGUAGCAUGGCGAGGGAGAAGCAGGUGCUGCCGAAGAGCAGGAAGGUGGCGUACUAUGUCGUGGCGCUGGGCAUGUUGAUCCUGGUAGUAGUGUGCCUUCGGCUUUGGGCUUUUCCCGCAGACUUGCAAGCACGGAUGCAGUCGCCACCUGAGCAGAAGUAUGCAAUUCCUCCGGUCCCCAACAAAGUGGGCGAUCACAAUGGCGUCGAGUGGCCUCCGAUGUUCGUGCAUGGAAGCGAGCCAAUGCAUUUCUUCAUCAUAGGCGACUGGGGCGGCCUUGAUGGAUUCAUCGACCCUCCGGUUGGCGGAAAGAUGGUGAUGUACGAGGGCGGCAAUUUGCCUGGGCCACAUGUCUUUGCCCACCGACCGUCUGGCUGCACCGAUGGUCAGAUGUCGCUCUGCUUCAACAGCCAUGGUGCACCCGGCACCUGCAUUCCCAGUUGUGGCUACAACGAAUCUGUAGACCGCGAGCCCCAGUACUUGGUGGCCAAUCAGAUGAAGCGGCGUGCUGCAAAGACCCCUCCAAAGUUCAUUCUCAAUGUCGGGGACAACUUCUACUGGGGUGGCAUCCCCAUCCAAUGCGGAGCCCAGCCGAUGGCAGGAGUGCACUGGACCACGGCCCAUAUGUUUGACACCAUCUUUAGGCAGGUCUACAACAGCCCCGAGCUCAACAACGUCGUGUGGUUUUCGGUGCUGGGGAACCAUGACUAUGGCGGCUGGCUUUUUACCGCAGGCUGGGAUCAGCAGAUUGCCUUUACUUGGCAUGACCAGAGGUGGAGGCUACCAGCACAGUACUGGAAGCAGCACGUUGCAUUUCCGGAACAGGGUUUCACGAUAGACAUCUUGCUGACGGAUUCCAACGUCGAGGAUGCAGUGGACCCGGCAGCAAGACCCACGACGAACAUCUGCGGUUGCCAACAUAACUCUCCUGGGUCCAGCUGCGCAAGCGUCGGUGGGCCGGUCUCCAUGGCAGAUUGUCCAAUGUACUUCGCCAAGCUGUGGCAGGAGCAGAUCGUUUGGGUCGAGAAGCAGCUGAAGGCCUCGCAAGCCACGUGGCAGGUGAUAGUUACCCACUUCCCGUGUGGACAUCAGCCUGCGUGGUACAACAGAUUGCAUGUUGAAUUCGGUCUGGACUUCUUGGUGACGGGGCACACGCACAUUCAGCAUACGAUUCAGCUUGGAGGCUUGCUCUGCGUCAUCUCAGGGGGCGGCGGGGGCAUCUUGUCCGAGUCCGCCUCUCAUGGUGAUGAUAGCAACAGUUACGGUUUCUACGAUGCCACCAUCAACAGGACGCACCUGGUGGUGGAGUCCAUCAAUUUCGCGGGCCGCUCUUUGGGCGUGUGGACGACCACUCCUGCUGCCCCCGUGACUGCCAAGCCUACGACAACAACAACAACAACGCCACCAGCUCGGUUGAAAGCCAAAGCAGCGAAACCCAAGGUUCCGGAGCAACAUGGUCCGGCCAAAGCGCCAGCGACGCCAAAAAAGUGCACAUGGUGCAAAUUGCUGCGAUGA